AUCAUCGUCAUCAUCAUCAUCAUCAUCAUCAUAUCUUCUCUAGUCUCAAAGGGAACGAAUUUUUGGCUGGAAAGCUAGUAAAUAUUAAUUCUGGUGUACUGGUAAUGACUAGAGACAGCUGUGAAGAGGUGAAUGACAAUGUAUUAGAUGUGGUUGAAUUCAAUUCUUUCAGUGAUGGUGGAGUGCUAAUUGGGAACGAAGAAAAUAUUGAAAGGGUUAAUAAUGUGCCAGAUUGGAAGAGAACACAUACUGUGAACCUCAAACAAAUAAAUGAUUGCCAUUUAAAAUCUAGCAAUCUGUCACAGGAAGAGGCUGGAGUACCAGAAGUUGUAUCUGAAGUAGAUGAAUCAAGGGUCAAUGGAGUACUGGUUUUCCCAUGAGGUUUCAAGUACGAAAGGUGCACAGUGCUGAGUCACUUCUAUCUGAAAGUGGUGGACCUGAAAUGUCAGGAGGAUUGAUUGUGACAGUCGCAGUUGGAGACUUGAGAGAUUCACAGGGCGAAAUAAUACAUGAGAAACUGUCAAAAUUCGAUAUUAUUGGAGAAUAUGAGACAUCGGAAAAAGAGUGGACCUGAAAUCUUUGUAGCACCAAACGUGACUUCUUCUGUUGAAGGCUCUAGAGAUGCAAGGGAUGGAAUAAUACAUGAAAAUCCAGUACAAACUCAGAUACGUGCCAUCAGCGUAGUUGAGACAGCUGAAAAGAGGGAGCCUGAAAUUUCUGGAGGGUCAACUUUGACAGUCUCUGUGGGAGCCUUAGGAGAUCCACAGGUCGGAAUGAUAGAUCACAUCCUCUUAAAGCCCCAGGUUACGAGUGUCCUUGAAGAUGGUAAAAUAGCUGAAAGCAAAGAAAGGUUUAGACAACGGCUUUGGUGCUUCUUAUUUGAAAAUCUUAAUAGGGCAAUAGAUGAGCUUUAUCUUCUCUGUGAAUUGGAAUGUGAUUUAGAGCAGACGAAGGAGGCUAUUCUGGUGCUUGAAGAGGCUGCCUCUGAUUUCAAAGAGUUGACUGAUAGAGUAGAGGAGUUUGAGAAAGUCAAAAAGUCCUCUCCUCAGUCAAUUGAUGGAGCACCAAUAACUUUGAAGACGGACCAUCGCCGGCCACAUGCACUUUCAUGGGAGGUUCGUAGAAUGACAACUUCACCUCACAGAGCUGAGAUAUUGGCUUCAUCCCUUGAGGCAUUUAGGAAAAUUCAGCAAGAAAGAGCCAGUUUUCGAGCUGGUGAUAAUGCAGGCCCAGAGUUUAGCCACCAUCAUAUGUCUGAUGACAACAAUAUGGAGAAUUUGGUUGAAAGAAAUGAUCCAACAGACAGCAGUAAAGACAGAGAGAUGAGAUCAAGAAAACAGGGUGAACUUUCAGAUUUUAACCAAGGGAGGCUGAGCGGAAUUGGUCAAAAUGCUGAAUCAGGUAAAUCCAACAAAGUAAACUUUGUAGAUGAAGGUUCUAAAAUUCCAGAGAACCUAUCCACUUCUGAGAUUAACUCGGUUGUGGCACCUCUUAAGAGCAACUGUGCUGCAUGUGGUUUGGUCAAGAAAAAGAGAGAGCAUCUUGGUGCAGAAAGUGUUGAGAAAAACCUGAAGUCAACAGAUCAAUUUAAGAAACAAUCUCCCAUGACAGAAAAAGAUAGGGACAAGAAAAAUAUUACUUCAAGGAAGACCAUGGAUGCGUGGAAGGAGAAGAGGAACUGGGAAGACAUACUUUCAUCACCAUUCCGUUCCUCAUCUCGUAUCUCACAUUCCCCAAGCAUGAGCCGAAAGAGUGCUGAGCGUGCCCGAAUUUUGCAUGAAAAACUAAUGUCUCCUGAGAAGAAGAAAAAAACGGCUUGGGACUUGAAAAGGGAAGCAGAAGAAAAGCAUGCACGGGCUAUGAGGAUCCGAAGUCAAUUAGAGAAUGAGAGAGUUCAAAAGCUUCAGCGUACCUCAGAGAAAUUGAAUCGUGUUAAUGAAUGGCAGGCUGUACGCAGUAUGAAGUUACGAGAGGGAAUGAAUGCCCGUCAUCAACGUAGCGAAUCUCGGCAUGAAGCUUAUCUAGCACAAGUUGCAAGGAGAGCUGGUGAUGAAAGCAGUAAAGUCAACGAGGUUCGGUUCAUUACUUCCUUAAAUGAAGAAAACAAAAAACUCAUGUUGCGUCAGAAGCUUCAUGAUUCAGAAUUGAGAAGAGCUGAAAAGCUUCAAGUGAUGAAAACUAAACAGAAAGAGGAUGUUGCUAGAGAGGAAGCUGUUUUAGAACGGAAAAAACUCAUUGAAGCAGAAAAGUUGCAGCGUCUUGCUGAGACGCAGCGGAAAAAAGAAGAAGCUCAAGUUAGAAGAGAAGAGGAACGCAAGGCUUCCAGUGCGGCUCGUGAGGCGAGGGCCAUUGAGCAGCUCCGUAGGAAGGAGGAAAGAGCGAAAGCACAGCAAGAGGAGGCUGAACUUCUGGCCCAAAAAUUAGCUGAGAGGCUCAGUGAAAGUGAACAACGUCGCAAAUUCUACCUAGAGCAAAUUCGGGAGAGAGCUUCCAUGGAUUUCAGAGAUCAGUCUUCACCUUUAAUGCGCCGAUCUGUUUAUAAGGAGGGUCAAGCCAGAUUGACACCAACCAGCAACGGUGGUGAGUACCAAACAAAUUGUAUUUCAGGCUUAGGCAGCACCUCUCUUGCUGCGGGUGAUGCAUCAUUGCAACAAUCACUGAAGAGAAAAAUCAAGAGAAUUCGGCAAAAACUUAUGGCUAUGAAAUAUGAAUUUACUGAGCCCCCAGCUGGUUUUGAGAAUAUUGGUAUUGGAUUUAGAACCACAAUGGGAACUGCAAGAGAAAAAAUUGCUCGGUGGCUUCAAGAGCUUAAAAGACUCCGACAAGCAAGAAAAGAGGGGGCUGCAAGUAUUGGGCUAAUCACUGCUGAAAUGAUCAAGUUUUUGGAGGGAAAGGAGCCUGAGUUGCAUGCUGCUCGCCAAGCUGGUCUACUUGAUUUUGUUGCUUCUGCCCUACCUGCUUCUUAUACAUCUAAACCUGAAGCUUGCCAGGUGACAAUACACCUUUUGAAGCUUUUGAGGGUUAUUUUAUCUACACCUGCGAACAGGAGUUAUUUUCUUGCUCAGAAUCUUUUACCUCCAGUUAUUCCUUUGCUGUCAGCAGCCCUUGAGAACUAUAUAAAAAUUGCUGCUUCUUUAAAUGUCCCUGGAAGCACCAACUUAACAUCAAGUAAGACAUCAAUUGAAACUUUUGAAUCAAUUUCUGAGGUACUGGAUGGCUUUCUAUGGUCUGUUUCUACAAUCAUUGGGCAUGUAAGCUCUGAUGAUCGACAACUCCAGAUGCAAGGUGGCUUGCUUGAGCUAUUGAUAGCAUAUCAAGUUAUCCACCGGCUGCGAGAUCUUUUCGCACUUUAUGACAGGCCCCAGGUGGAAGGCUCCCCAUUUCCUUCAACUAUUCUCUUAAGUAUACAUCUAUUGGUGGUUUUAACAUCAAGAACCAGAGCAUCUGCUUCCAUUGAUUGGGAAUCUUUGGCCAAUAAAGCGUUGUCAGGAAAUGAACGGCAAGAGGAAAAUUUUGCAGAGCCUGCCUAUAUAAAUAACACCUUUGGAGAUCUUAGAUCUCCGUUGUCUGUUAUAAACGGGAGCACCACUAUUCCUCUGGCAGACAUACCAGAUGACAGACUGUCAGAUGAUUUGUGUAAAAUGAAUAAAAAUGAUGAAGCAGUAUUCAUCGACAAAGAUAGUGAAAAAAAGCUGAUUGCUAGUCCACUUGAGUUGAAUAAUACUGCCAUCGCUGAGGCUGAAGUGUCAGACGAACAGCAGAAGAGUUUGUCCCAGAAAAAGGACGAGAAAAAUGCUGCGAAUGUUGGUCCGGAGCAAAAAAAUGAAGACACAUUGAGCUUGAAACAACCAGUUUCCUUUCUCCUUUCUGCAGUAUUUGAAACUGGUCUAGUCAGUCUUCCUUCUCUGUUAACAAGUGUUCUCCUACAGGCAAACAAUAAAUCGUCUUCAGAGCAGGCUUCAUAUGUCCUUCCUUCUAAUUUCGAAGAGGUGGCAACUGGAGUGCUGAAGGUGUUGAAUAAUUUGGCCCUCUUGGACAUCACAUUUAUGCAAAGAAUGCUGGCUAGCCAGAUCUAA